CGUUGCCUUUUACGCACAAGUUGGCUUUACUUGUAAUUAUGCAAACGCAUUUCUGACGAUUUGUUUGUUGUCACUCUUAUUCCAGAUGACAAAAUAAAUAAGUUCAACCUUUACAACGGAUUCAUGGGACGUUCUCUCUUUGCGCCUCAUGGCACACGCCUUCCCUCACCAUCAGAGAAAACUGAGUGCUCUCCAAAGGACAGCAACGCUCCACUUGUUGAUGACAGUGUCAGCCCAUCCCCGGUGUUUGACCUGAGUUCAGAUCACACAGACAGUCCGCAGAGGUCGCUAUCAUCUUCUGAUCCAGAGUCAGGCAGUGAGACGGAGAAAUCCACUGACUCCCCGAGUCUGGAGCGCGACCCGACCGACAUCAUGGCCAAGAUUUUCCCCCACCAGAAACGGGACACCCUGGAGUCUAUGGUCAGAACCUGUAAGGGUGACCUUGUCAAAUCCAUCGAACUAGUUUUAAGCUCUAAAGAGAACACAUCUGAUACCAAGACAUUGCCUGUGUCCAAUUAUCCAAACGCGUUCAGGGCUUCUGCGGUGUUGCCCGGUGCGCUUGGUGCCCUUGGGAGCAAAUCAGCUUUCGCCCCGCUCCACAUGCCUCCUACGGCCGCUGGAGGAGAGAACAUGUUCGGACUUAGUCCUCGCCUCGGUGUCAGUCCUUUACGGCUGGCGUAUUCCUCUACAAACGGCGGUUUGACCGGGUUUAUGUCACCGUAUAUGACUUCCGGACUGAUGCCGGUGUUUCCACUGCGUCCACCCUUGGACUCCUACUCCUUCCCAGGCAUGAUCCGUGACCUUUCCUACCUCCAGAGUAAGGAAGCACUGUGCAACACAGGGAGCCUGUACUCACGGCUGAACAGUGAGAAGUGACAGAUUAAAAACAUACCUAUUUUCGUUUUCAUUUAUUUUUCCUAUAUUUACCUUGUAUUUUUGUACAUCAAUGAAAACACCCCAACCCUGUGUUUUUGUAAAUGUGUAUAUGAUUUAUUGGUAAUAAACAGUC